AUGUUCUACUAUCCCAACGUGCUUCAGCGCCACACCGGCUGCUUUGCCACCAUCUGGCUGGCAGCAACCCGGGGCAGCCGUCUUCUGAAGCGCGAGUACUUGAAGGUGAACGUGGUGAAGACCUGCGAGGAAAUCCUGAGUUACGUGCUGGUCCAAGUGCCCCCAGCAAUGCCUGGCCUGCCAAGGCCCCGCUUCUCCCUCUAUCUCUCAGCUCAGCUCCAGAUUGGGGUCAUCCGAGUCUAUUCUCAACAGUGCCAGUACCUCGUAGAGGACAUUCAGCAUAUUCUGGAGCGCCUGCACCGUGCCCAGCUGCAGAUCCGCAUUGAUAUGGUGGAGCCUGACCUGAACAACCUUCUUCCCGACUGCCUCACCAUGAUGGAAACCCUGGAAGCUGCUCCAGACCCUUUCUUUGGAAUGAUGUCUGUGGAUCUUCUACUUCCCAGCCCCUUAAACAUCCCUCAGAUUCGACACCUCCUGGAGGCUGCCACUCCGGAGCGACCUCUUGCCGAGAGCCCUCCUGUGGUCACUGUGGAGCCCAAUAAGCCGCAGGUCACGGUAAAGUCUCCCCAGGCCAUCACCAUCCAGGAAGACGAGCCCAUCCGCAUACUGCAGAUCGAGGGCGAGCAGGACCUCCCCGAGGUCAGUCGCCGGGACUUGGACUUGUUGAUAGCUGAGGAGGAUGAGGCCCUCUUGUUGGAGGUGCCUCGGCUCUCGCCUUCAGCCCCUGCACAGGUGGAGGGGACAGCAGAGCCUCCUGCUGCCCCAGGCCCAGUUUUGGAGGAGGUGAAGCCGGCUGGCUGGGAGCCCGGGACCCCGCUUCCUGAGGUGACCCCUCCGCAGAAGCUGCGUCUGCCGAGCCCGGUCAGCCCAGAGCGGAGGAGACCCCCCGUCUCCCCAUCUCCUGAGAGUCUACCUGCCCCCCGCCGUCGCCGCCGCCGCCAGUUGCUGUUCUGGGAUGCAGAGACUCAGAUCUCCCGGGAGAAAUUCCAGGGACAGCUGCAGACCAAAGCCCACUGCUGGGAGGAGUGUCCCCUGGUGCAGCCUUCUGAGAAGACCAUCAGGAGCCCCGCGGAGCUGUUCAGUACCCCGACUUACCCUGGCCAGCUCCCCCCGCAGUUGUUGGCGUUCUGGACCCGCUGUGCUCAGCCCCCACCAAGAGCACUCAGACGAAGGCCAGCCCUGGAGCCUGAUGAGGAGGCUGCUGAGGAGGAGAGGAGGAAGAUGGACACCCCGAGUGAGAUUGAGGUCCUGAGGGAGGCCCAGGAGCCCAGUGGGCCUCUCAUGUUAUCUUCAGAAGUGUCCCUGGAAACUGAAGAGGAGAAGUCCCGGGUCAGCCUUCCCCCGCUGGAGGAGCGAUGGGCCUGGGCUGAGGUGGAGCAGCCGGAACCCCCCACUCUGCCUAUGGUGCCCGAGCUCCCGGAAGUGCCCAUGGAGCUGCCACUGGACCCCGAGCUGCUCUCACCUGAGGCUGUGCACAGGGCUGUGGCACUGGAACUACAGGCCAACAGGGAACCUGACUUCAAUAGUCUGGUGGCACCUCUUAGCCCACGCAGGGUGGCAGCCCGGGUGUUCUACCUGCUUCUGGUGCUCUCGGCACAGCAGGUCCUCCAUGUGGAACAAGAAGAACCCUACGGACGCCUCCUGAUCCUCCCCGGGCCCCGUUUCUACUGAGACUGGAG